AUGCGGCAAACACUCAUCGCCUGCCUAAUUUUCAUCCUUGUGGCCACCGUGUGUGGUCAACGUGGCAAUGCUACUCGUGACAGGAUUUGCAAGCAGUUCAACAAGAAAAUUCAAAUCUUUCGUCCCCGCGGGUUAACGGUGUCACAGCGAGCUAGGGAAAACCUGCUUUCGUUUGAGAUAGCGGUGUACGUGAAUCAACAGCACAACGAACGUUUAGCGUGUGACAUUUGCGCAAAUGCUACGAUCAACUAUGGAAAAAGUAACCAAUUAGUGAUUGAUCAUUCUUCGAUCGUUGUUCUUCCGGGAGACAGAUUCCAGUACUCAGUCAUCGAGCGUUAUCGCUAUGGACCUCCACGGCUGUUUAGUUGUGAAUUUACGGUUUCAGAUCGUUUGAAAUUCGUACCUGCAGUUAAAUCCGAUACGAAAGCGCCUCUCCCGACGUUGGCAAGAAAUCAACCAGACGCAUUAGCAAACAAAAUGCUGUUGGAAGAAUUGAUCAACGACAUCAUUGAUGGUUGCAAGCGAUCAGAUAUUACAAAUUUUCUUGCCGUCACAACAGACGAGAAUGUUGAGAAUUCUUCCAAAAUGAUACCAUAUCUUCUCGAACGCCUUAAUACGCUAGUUCCGACACUGAACUGGGGCAAUAUGUUAAGCAACGCGUACCAUUCGAAAGGAAUGCUUGUGUUCGACGCCCAGAGUGCAUUAAUGAAGAAAAAAGUUCUACACUUAAUCCGCGGGACCGACGCCGCUAACAAGAUAGUCGAUUACGAUCGCUUAAAUCGCUCGUCGUAUGAUACAGAUGAUAGUUUUUAUGAUGAUUACUAG